GAACGGGAUUGGUUGAGGGGGCGAGACCGGGGGAAGGUGAGCUGGAUCGGGGGCCGGGAAGAGCUACGCCGCGGGGAGUUGGACUGGCGGAGCCGCUGUGCUGGCCACAGGUGAAGUACCAGUAGACUGAAGGAGAUCUAAUGUUGUUCCUUUAAUGAAGAAGGGCAGCAGGGAUAAAUCUGGUAACUACAGGAAGGUCAUUGAAUAACGAUGUCCCAGAACAAGAUUCCUGGAAGUUCAGGAUAUGCUUUAAUUGGUGAUAAAUCAUACGAUUUCUACAAGGAUCCUGUGCAUUUUUGCAAUAGCCGAAUUGAUAGCUUUGGGAGCAGAAUUUUCCAAGCGCGUCUCCUCAACAAGCCUACUGUAUUUGUGUGUUCUGUGAAGGGGAUGAAAGAAAUGCUAUGUGAAAAGGUCAAUAUCUUUGGUGCAUCCUACACUUCCUCUAUGUGUAAGCUGUUUGGAGAUGUCAUCUGCUUCGCCCAUGGAGAAGAGGCACAGUUAUUGAGGUUGUCACUAAUGCAGUUGUUUAACCACAAAGCACUUGAAACCCAUAGAGAUUAUGUUAACAGAGUAUGUACAAGGAAUCUGAAGGACCUUGCACAAUGCAGAGAGCCUGUUGUGAUUUACGAAAUGUUCAAACGAUUGGCUACGGAACUUGUACUAGGAAUUUUUCUUAACAUCGAUGCAGAGGAAUCUGCAGCAUUCUCCAAACAGAUUACAGAGCUUUCAACACAGCAUUGGCAUGGACUAAUCUCUACUCCACUGAAUGUGAAAGUGUCGGCAUGGUCUUCGGGGUUUUCUCAGGCUCUUGAAGCAAAAGAAAAGCUACUUAACAUUAUUGAUGAGCGUCUCAAGAGUGAGAAUGAAGGCUUCAUCUCCAAAAUAAAGGAUGUACCAUUUCCAGAAAGCACCAGUGCAGCACAGCAUCUCCUCCUCUUUAUUUCAGCACUAAUUCCCAAAGCACUUGCAUCGCUGUUGACAUCCUUUACAAUUGAACUUGCUGGAUCAAACAAGGUUCAAGUUCGUAAACGUGCACGAGAAAAUGAAUCUUACUUGGACCAUGUACUGCUAGAGGUAGAAAGACUUUGGCCAUCCUUUAUUGGUGGACGAAGAGUUGCAAAGCAGGACACCACACUUUGUGGCUACACUGUCCCUAAAGGGACCCAAGUAAUGUUCAUAGCCUUCGCUGUCCACAGAGAUCCUGAAAUCUUUGCUGAACCUGAUGAGUUCCAACCAGAAAGAUGGUCUGGAAGAAACGCUGGCCAAGAAACACUCUUGUGCUGCUUUGGAAAUGGCUCUAGAAACUGCAUUGGUAUUGGCUUGAACAACUUGAUACUAAAGCUGUUGGAUACUUAGUAAAUAAUUACAGCUGGGAAAUGGAUCCUCCCACUCAGUCACUGCAUUACAAAUGGCUCCCUGUCACCCGGCCCUGUGAAGACCUCAAAAUAAAAUUCACAUCGUGUUCCUACAAAAAUCAGUGCUCUCCCUCAACUCCUGAUUGUCCAGUACAUCAUCAAAGAUCUGUGUGAUCAUCGCACUCCAACAGUGCACCAUCGGCAAGAGAUGAAAUUGAGUUGUAAUUUGGGAAGAUUUUUAUCGUUGUGUUCAUACUGUCUAAAUCUAUGUAAAACUUUUGUUCAAAACUGUUGAAGGAUAGAGUAAGGGAUUUAACUACUGUCUUAUAGAUAUUUUUAACAAUAAAUGUAUUAAAACAGUUUUGUUACACUUAAUUUCAGAGUAAAUUGUGAAUGGUGCUGAGCUUUUUUUUGAACUUUGUGUUGUCAAGGAGUCUUCCCAGACAGCAUUACUUUUUGCAAAACUGAACAUGCAACUGUGCACAUUUUUCCACCUAUCAGAUAAAACUUCAAAAUAAUUCCUUCAUGGAAUGCAAAGAACUUUAGAUUAGAUAGAUUAUAUAGCACUUUUUAAGGAUCUGCAUGCACAGUGACUGUUGAAUUCAAUAAAUCUUCCACUUUAUUUCCAUUAUUAGAAUUUAAGUCUUGCACUGCAUUCUAGGAGUGCAUGCAUUGUGCGAUGUGUUUCUACUAUUGGAAUCUGAUCUCUGACUCCUGCUCACUUUGAACACAACCUUCUAUUGAGUGCUUAUGCUUGAAUAUUUACCCCUUUCUCACUUAGUGCCAGCAGUCUGGUCACUACCAACCACAGCAUAAAAGUGGAGAAGGUCAGUUACAGAGGUAAAGUAAAAGAAUAUUCAGCUGAUCUAAUCCUGAGUCACCUCUCUUUCAUUCCACGUUGAUGUUUCCAAGAUUUGUGCAUUCAACUUACCUGAAAAUUGAUGUACGUUUUUAGUAACUCUUCUGCAAUAGUUACCCUGAAUUCAAGUUUUAAGAUUUUGAACUCUUCAAAACAUCUGGAAAUGUGGUUUCUUUGGAAACCACACAGUGGAUUCACUAGUAGGGAAAAGAAGUAGGGAGAAAAGCAAAGGAAUGGGACCAUUUAGAUAGCUCUUCCAAAAAGACUGCACAGAUUCAAGGGGUGAAUGUUUCAUGCUGUAUCAUUCCACAGUUCCAUAAAGUCCUUUAACAAAGGAAAUCUGCUUUGGUUAUCUAAUCAGGUGUAUAUGUGACUCUUGUUCCAUGCUAACGUUGCAAGCUGUCAGUUGUCAUUAGUUCUCAGAGUUGAUUUAGAAUGCUGCUGCCAGCAGGUCAAGUUGAAGGAGCUCUUUGGGCAGGCAGGGAUGAUCUCUAAACCCUGUUGAAAUGCUAUCAAAUCUGUAUAUACUGAAUUGAACCUCGUGUAUGCAUUGGACAUAACUCAAUGGUAGUUACGUAUGCCUCGAGUAAGAAGAAUAUCUCCAAGCACCAGUCUAAGGAUUAGUGCUCAUAGUCAUAAUCAGCAUCAGCACCUCAGAGCAGUACCAAGGAUGUCAAAGUACCACCUUUCAUAGCCCUUGUCUAUCCUCGCAGUUUGACGCAAUGCCAUUUCUUCUAGAUAAGACUGUUCAAGUGUCUUUGCCAAUAUUUGCUCCUCGACCAUAGGCAGCAUCCUAUUCUGUCAUUUAUCUCAUUCUUUUUGUAGAAACCUAAUGCGUAUAGAAAUGACUACUUCAGAAGUACAUGUUGGUUGUCAUACUUUGAGACAUCCUGAGGACAAAAGCAGCAUUGUAAUCAGUAAUUGUAUCAUAACUUCCAAGAGCCCUUCCAAAUCAUACACUGUGCAGGUUCAGACAUGUUCACAUUCCCUUAAUCAGUGCUGGGUCAAUAUCCUAGAAUUCCCUAUCACUCCCCAUUGUAGAAAUGCCUUCACCAUUUCAGGACAGCUAGGAAUAGGAAAUAGGUUAAUCUGCAGCUAUGUCACUUCACCCAGACAUUUUAACUCCAGCUCAGAGGGAGGCCAUGUAACAACUUGUGCCUGUGUAGACUCUUUGAAAGAGCUAUCAGUGUAGCUGUCCAUCUGAGCUCUUUCCUCAUAUCCCAGCAGAUAUUCCAAGUGUUAAUCUAAUUUCCCAAUGAAUCUGCUUCCAUCCAUUCCAGAUAAUAGUUCGCUAUGUAACAAAAUUCCCUUUUUUUUUGUAAUAAAUGCUGAUGAACUUAAACCUGUUUCUCCAUCAGAAGCCCUCAGUUUUGAAAAUCCCUCAUAAAACUUCCACUGUUUCGGUAGCGCUGAUAGUUCUGAGCUAGAUCCUCUCAUUAGUGAUAAUGCUACCAAACAAAAAGGAAUUCCUGUUCACUUCUGUCAGGCUUUAAACAUAAUGUAUUCGUUUUGUGGUUUGCAUCCUAUCUAACGGGUUGGGGUUAGCCCAACUCUCACUACCAACUGUGAGUACUCUCAACCAGAUAAUUUAUUAUUACUAGUCAUAUUAUUAGUCCUGGUUAGUUUUCCUGAUGCCAUCAAACCUUUUUAAACUUGCUGCCCUGCUUGAUCCAGAUAAAUAUUGCUGCCAUAAUUGAUUUAGAUUAACCUUUCUGUCACUAUUGAGUAGAGAAUUAUUUUUAUUAAAACCAAACUAAUCAAGUAAUACUUUAAGGUAUAUAAAUCCUCACAUAGCUAGAGUAAGAUAAAUUUAUAAAAAGAUGACUUUAUAGCAAACACUUAAGAAUUUUACAAGUCUUAGCAUGCCACUGAAUCUUAUAACUUGAAAUGUGAUGUGAUAUGACCUUGAAUUUAUGUGUAACUUAAUAAUAAUCAUUAUAUGCUUAAUUCUAGUGAAAUGCAAUAAAUCAUUGAACUCC